AUGGGUUCAUCAAAAGAUAGUGCUAGUGUCACCAACAUCUCCGUGGAGGAGCACUUUAGCGUCUCUCAGUCUAGCCCCGGUGGACAGUUUGUAGGCCCAACAGAAGAGAUUUCCACCGCAGCGGAAGCACUUAUCGGGAGGUCAACGACAUUAACGGAGGCUCUUAAAGCAGCAUCCAUGAAUGUCGGCCACAAACCAGUUGAAACCACCGACGUGGCUGCCAUAAAAGAGGUGGAAACAAGGGCUAUCGGAGGCGAUAUAGAAAGUGAAGGUGGUGUAACUGCUGUAGCAAGUAAGGCGGUUGCUCGUAACCAAAAAAUAGGAAAAGAUAAUGAGAAGACAAAUCUCGGCGACGUUAUCGCGGAGAUUGAUGUGAAAGUAACGAGGGACAGAGAAGUGACAAGUGAAGACGCAGAAGCAGUGAUUCGGGCUGAGCUGAAUCAUUCUCCUUUCAAUAAUAUUAUUCCUGGAGGUGUUGCUGAAUCCGUCGCUGCAGCUUAUAAACUUAAUCACGAUCCAUCGUCUCUUUGA